AGCGAUCUUACUUAUCUUUUAAACCAAAAGAUGUCAGAAAGACGGUGAGAGUUUGGGUUAGACCGACUCUGUCUUGUCUUAAAAUGGUGACGUCUACUGAGAAGUUUUUAAUGAUUAAAAACCAAACAGAAGCGUCAACCAUAUUAUUGAACAAGAUGCAGACGAACAAGAUGUCGGCGGGAAAGACCGAAAUGUCGGAACGCAUUAGUUUCUCACUUCUGCUCAUCUACCCAGUGUCACCUUAACUAAGCAUGUUAUACGGGUGUGUACGGUUGCGGUCUUGUCACAUCAUUGGAGAGCUCUACCUAUGACGACAUCGUCCCGGAAUCGUAUGUGAGUAUCGAUGAAGAGCAGUGCGAUACUUUACUGCUACAUUCACGAUACGAAUACCUUUUUAGGCUCAUUCCUUCUCCUAUGAGAUUCGAUACUUACAAAACUGGAAGCAGACGACCUGACGACACCAGCGAGUUCUCGCGAAUCCCCAACGCCAUGCAACUACCUCCCCGAAAACAGGACAAGGUUAAUGGUAGAAAGACUGAUUAGCUCCGGGGAUCUCCUGGCCACUGCGGAGAGAAUCGCCUUUGGUAAAGAAGACGAACCGCAAGACGACAUGGUCUGUGGCUGGGGCAGAAGCUUCAGUUUUCCUCGGCAGGUUCUGUCAGCGACUUCAAGAAGUCAAGGCUGCAAGCGUAAGGCGUCGAAGCUUCUGCCUUCGAGCAUUGACCCGUCCAACCUCACAGUCCGCCUCGUCAGCGAGGAUUUCAUCGUAGACCACCUUAGGUCGGCCUGGAAAGCCAACGUUGAACCGGGGACUUACAGAUAUAUCUCCAACAACGGCCACUAUCGGAUGACAAAGUUUUCAGCGUACGGGCCGGAGUGGUCGACUAUGAGACGAUCGCGGCUGACCGAACGCUCUUCCGUGGCUUCGUUCGACGUCAAGCAAACUCAAAAGAUACUAAAGAAAGACUUGGAAUCUAAUUUCAAAUUGCAGCCUGUCUUAGAAUCUCCUCCAUCUUCCCAUAACCAAUCUUUGCCCCAAUCAAACGGGGACGGUAAUUUAAACAGUUUCUCGGUUUCCAAAACAGAGAAAGUGAGCGAAACUUUGUCCUCACGAACAGAUUUCGAAAGAAGUAACCAUGCCAGAUCCGAAGUUCCUGAAAAGAGGGUGGACAGCGCUCCAAGCUUAGGCACCAGGCAGCACAAUAUCAGCGGCAAUAUUCAUUAUCAUUCCCUCCAGAACUCAAUCUCUCAACGCAUCCCCCUCGACUCAUUUUACAUUAACGGGAUGGUUCGGGCCGAUACGGUGCUUAGGCCCUUGGAAAAACUGACUCCUUUUCAAAAGCACAUCGACCGUCGGAUGAGCGAGCCCAACAAGCAGGCGGAGGUGACUCCGAGCACGCAGGCGGUAUCCUUGGUGAACUCUACGGGUAGUUCUAGAAAAGCACCAGGCCACGAUGCUGCUUCGGCCCAUCUGAUGGGUCAGGCAGAGACGGACAUACUGUCUAGAUUGAGGAACAGGUUCAACGUUCCGCCGAAGGAUGAUGGGAAGCCCGGGAUGUACUCACUUCUUCACAACAAUGUCAUUAAAGACUAUAGCCGGCUGCUGACAGAGAAGGCAAAUGCUCCUCUUCUCGGCGCCGUCAACGGAACUGUCAAAUCGUUGGCUGCGCACAGGAGAGCUCCCAUGCCUAGCAAGGCGAACGGAAGUGGUCAUUUGCAGGGCUCUGGGAUUGGCGAGUUGGGCAAGCGUGCGCCUCUGGAUACGAGCGCAAAUCCUACGAUCGACACGGAUUUUGCUUUGCCCGAAAUUUCCGGAAAGAGGAUCGCCGUGGCGGCAACUCUUCACCAUCGAUUGCUGUGACAAACUCGUAAUGUAUAUGAACAUUAACUUAUUUCGAUACUCUAUUAAUUAACAUCUAGUUCGAGUCCAGGAGUUAUAACCUAUUUUAGCAUUGCAUUGUGAAAAAGUGGGUCUAGGUUUUCUGUUUCAUAAGUACUGUAUAUUUAUCCAUGACUAUGAAGUAUUGAUGCACUUAAUUAAUGUGUUCUAAAUCAGGUUUACCCUACUAUACAUAACUUUUGCGAGUUUAGUGAAAAGUCGCCUUUUUUUUUAUUUGCAAAGUAAUUAGAUUUAAAGUCUUUUGGUUAGCUCUGCUUGUACGCAGAUCUUAAUUCUCAUUCCCAUUUGCAAUAAUAAUUUAGCCAAAAAUCAUUUUAAAAGUACACACAGUGUUAACAAAUUAGUCUUUGUCCGUUGAAAUUAUUAUUUUUUUUUAGGGAGGGGUGUAUAACAUCAUUGCCUGUUAAAAAACAAAUGUCCAAUAAACUAUUCGCAAAUUCAACUUUGACUUUACGCAAACCAUAAACUAGUUGCCUUAGUACAUACGUUUUGUGAUUUUUGUGAAGCCCAUUAACUACAUAAUUACAAUUCUAUGCAUAUAAUAUACCCUACAGACAGCAUUUUCAUAAUUGUCAAUUUCCGACAAACUACAUGAAAUGUAUUAAUAUACGUUAACGGUUGAAUCCUCACACUUGAUAUAUAAACAACGAAAAAAAAACUUGAUUAGAAAAACUUAAAUCCAACGCUAUCCAUAAGCUAUCCGCUGACCAUAAGAGAAGUUUACCCAGUCUCUCUAUUUCUAGUAAAAAAUAAAACACCAACUAACACAUUCGUACAAUAGGCUUGGAAUCCUCUUGCAUUUCAUUAUAAAUUUCCACUUUCAACAUGGCUAGUGUAACAUGUUUCUUGAAUUAUGCUCUGUAUCAUUUCCUGGUUGACAAUAAAGACAAUAGUGAUCAGGUCGUUUUGUUAUUUGUUGAUGCAAUGUAUAGGGUGGAACUCCAUUGAGGCAGACAUUAGGGCUGAGACAUCAGCUCAUAAACUUGUGAUACUGAUUCAGUUGAUACAAGAUGGAAUGAAUAAAACAACGCACUGAACUCCA